AUGUCUCGCCCCUCGUCGCUGCAUCCUCGCGACACUGACGACGACUUCUCCCUACCACUCUUCCAGUCUCACCCGCCCCCGACUCUCGCCUAUCACCCCCCGGCUCCACCCUCCCAACCGCCCCUGUCUCCCCAUCUCCCUCCUCCAUCGACACAACACUCACACCACCACGGCCACCAUCAACGACAGCAGCAGCAUCGCGCGCAUCGUGCCUCCCUCUCGGUUCAGACUCAGAAUCCGCAGACGCCCGGCGGUUACUCGCCUUCGUCAUACGCCGGCAACGGCCAGGCCAACAACCGCCAGACGAUGCACUUCCCCGCAUCGUUUGCAAGCCCUUACGAAGACAUGCCUCAACAACACCACCACGGAUCGAGCGCACUUGGCAACCUGGCGCGCUCCGCGAGCCUAGGUACUGGACGAAGGAAGGACCCGUUCAAGUACGCUGCCGACGACGUGGAGAGUGGUAUGGCCGGCGACACCUGGGGCUCAGGCGCUGGGUACGGACAAGGCGACAGUAACCUCGCACCGACCUAUCGCGAUACCGACGUCGUCAUGUCCCCUGGACGCCCAGGUUACACCGGCCCAUCGUCCAACAUGCCGCCUCCGCCGGUACCGAUGUCCCAGGCGCGUGUGAACGUAUCGAGCCCUUCGAAGCCUGCACCGAGUCAUUCGCAAUCUCAGACGUCCGCGCCCAGCAACCCUUACGUUCCUCGCGAAAGCGAUGCCUGGCAGUCUUACCGCCGGAACUCGCACCAUUCGAGCAGUGAUGGAUUAUCGCUCUCGACUUCCCCCAUGCCGAAUUCACCGGCGACCGCCUCCGCUCAGCAACCGCCGCAGUCGGGAGGUGGUCCAUACGAUCCUUCACCAUCUGCUUCCGAUCACGCCUUCCUCACUCCCCACGGCUCCCACAAGCCUUUGCCUCCAGGAUCACCACGCCAAGGGAACGCCCAAUCUUCGUCUUCCCCAAGCCACGGAUACAGGUCCAGUUCAGCCCAUCGCUCAAGCUUCGCCGCGAGCCAACCCGUAACCCCCAGCGAUAGGUACCACCCCACGUUCGCAGCCUACGGAUCGUCAUCCCGCCCUCCGUCAUCUUCUAAGCAAGGAUUCCGGACGGUGCGCAACGCCGACGACCUCAAGCCCAAGGUGUCCGCUCAUCCCCAAGGCCGUCGCGCAGACCCCAACGUGCCGGGAGCUUAUCUCAGUUGCCUUACGUCCCAACUUCCUCAAACGUACACGCUGUGCAACCCUUCGUUCCGGUACGAGACGACGGACAACCCUCGCCGCGUUCUCACGAAACCGAGCAAGCCCGUCUACAAUGACGGCGCCGACAACGAGGACUGGGACUACAUUCUCUACGUGAAUGACGUCCUCGGAGGUGACCACGGCGGCGACCGGUACCUCAUCCUCGAUGUGCUCGGUCAGGGUACAUUUGGACAGGUGGUCAAGUGCCAGAACAUGCGUACGCAUGACAUCUGCGCCGUCAAGGUCGUCAAGAACAAGCCGGCGUAUCUGAACCAGAGCAAAAUGGAGGUCGCAAUUCUGCAGCUGCUGAACCGCGACCACGAUCCGCGUGACGAGCACCACAUUCUGCGCCUUCAGGACUCAUUCACGCACAAGAACCAUCUGUGUCUUGUCUUCGAGUGCCUCUCGUCCAACCUGUACGAGCUCAUCAAGCAGAACCAAUUCAAGGGUCUGAGUCUCCAACUCGUCCGCGUCUUCACCCAGCAGCUCCUGGACUGUCUUGCGGUGCUGAAAGACGCACGCUUGAUCCACUGCGAUCUGAAACCAGAGAACAUUCUGCUGAAAUCGCUACAGUCGCCCUCGAUUAAGGUCAUUGACUUCGGUUCCGCCUGUCACGAGCUCCAGACCGUGUACACGUACAUCCAGUCGCGGUUCUACCGUUCGCCGGAGGUCUUGCUUGGUCUGCCGUACUCGACCUCCAUCGACAUGUGGUCGCUGGGCUGCAUCGUUGUUGAGCUCUUCUUAGGUCUCCCGAUCUUCCCCGGCACGAGCGAAUACAAUCAGGUUUCGCGCAUCGUCGACAUGAUGGGAUUGCCGCCGCAGCACCUUCUCGAGGUCGGCAAGCAGACCAACGAGUUCUUCAACUGUGUUGGCGUCGACGCCCACGGACACAAGCAGUACAAGCUGAAGCCGAUGGACCAGUACGCCAGCGAACACCGCACGAAGGAACAGCCGAGCAAGCAGUACUUCAAGCAAACGAAGUUGCCGGACAUCAUCAACGAGUACCCACUGCCGAAGAAGAACACGAAGCAGGCGGAUAUCGACCGCGAGAUGCAGCAGCGAAAGGCGUUCAUCAACUUUGUCGAGGGCCUUCUGAACCUGGACCCGAUCAAGCGAUGGUCUCCGCAGCAGGCUGCCAAGCACCCGUUCAUCACGGGCGAGAAGUACACGGGGCCUUUCGAGCCCCCACUUGCCCCGUCAAAGCGCCGAACAAACACGACAGCCAGCACGACCCCGACGGCGUCGUCCUCAUCCGGAACUGGAACGCAAAGCGGUUCGUCCGCGACGACUCCGUCGAAGCAAAAGUACGGCGGUCUCGUGCAGAGCCCGACGUCUGGACGAGGACAGCGUGUCUAUUCGGAUGCCGCCGCGUACAACCACCAGCUCGCGCAGCAUCAGUACCAGACUGCGCAGGCUGCUGCUGCGCAAAACGCUGUCCGCCCCGGUCCGUUCUCCCCCGGCUACGAGCCGCAGUCGUCGUAUAACAAGCCACGCGUCUCGAGCCACCAGUUACCGAUUCCGUCGUCGUGGCAGCAGCCCCCACAGCAGCAACAACAGCUGCCGCCACCUGCGCACCAGCAGCCCCUCGCGCCGCCGCAACAGGCGGGACACUACCGCCUGCCCAGUGGGCAAGUGCCGUCGUCUUCGCACGGCCACGGCUCAAUGCGACAGAAUGUCCCUGUCAUCAAUGCACCGACAAACCCGCCACCGAACUCGUACUACCCGGCGUCGCGCAACAGGGCGAACACGAUCAAUCAGAUGGACACGAUCCCGCCUGCGCUCGCGCGACUGACCAACCUUGGCGCACCGGAUCCGUCGGGCAACCGCACAUCGCUCACUCCGGUGCUGCACCGCGAGGACAUGGUCGAGGCAUGGGAGCGGCGCCAACAAGGUGGCCACAAGCCGUCGUCGCUGCACAACGCGCACUACGCGCAGCUUGAAUACCUGCAGGAGCAGGCCGAACUCGUCAACAUGGGCCAGUCCUACGUCAUGCCGGGGCAGUAUGGGCACCAGGCGCAACCGCACCACGGGCACCACCGCGGCAGCCAAUCCUUCAGCGGUGUGCAGGGGUACCAGAUGCCGAUUGUCGACUACCGCCGCAACGAGUACGAGCCGUCGUCUAAGAACCGCAACUACCUGCCGGCGUACCCUCCCCCGGUCGCGACGCACGAGAUCGACCCCGGCAUGAUCAUGCCGCCGUACAACUCGCCGGGCGGCUACCAGGCCUACUCGCCCGGACACGGAGCUAGGGCCUCCUUCUCUGGUCCGUACCGCCCACCCGCAGGACACGCGCAGGGGUACCAGCAACCCCAGCAGCCCGUAACUCCGACGAGGUCGCAGCGAUACCCCGCCCAGGGGUAUCAGUGA